ACGACAAAGAGCGGUCGUCUUCUGCUGUUGAGAAAAUGUUGAAAUGUUUCUUUGGACUAUUUUUUCCAUGAACAAAUUUUCUUGGUUUUGGUAACGCACUCAAUCGUGUAUCCUACUUCCUUUUCUCGAUGAGUGGAAUAAUGAUUUUUCCGAGCAGAACGAGCUCUGUGUGGAUAUAUCUCUUGGUCGUGCUGCUGGAUUGUUACUGGGACUCGGUGUCUGGGCAGCUCUCUUACUCCGUCUCAGAGGAGGUAAACCUGGGGACUGUUGUUGGAAAUAUCGCCAAAGAUCUGAACAUCAAUGUGCAGGAUUUGGAGUCCCGCAUGUUUCAGAUCGUUGCUGGAUCAAAGACUAAAUACUUCGAGGUAAAUCUAAAGACUGGUGUCCUGUAUGUUAAUGAGAGAAUAGAUCGAGAGGAACUCUGCGGAGACGAACCCAAAUGUUCUCUCAGUGUAGAAGCAGUUAUCAAUAACCCGUUAAAACUGUACCGGAUUGAAAUAAUAAUCCUUGAUGUAAAUGACAAUUCUCCGUCAUUUCAAAGAACGUCGCAGAUAAUAAACAUAACAGAGAGCACAGCAGCAGGGGGUAGAUUCCCCCUUCAUCCAGCUCAUGAUGCAGACGUGGGUAAAAAUACUGUAAAUACCUACAAGCUUAGUCAGAAUGAAUACUUCUCUCUUUCCACACAUAAAGGAGAGAUUGUAACGCCCGAAUUACUGCUUCAGAAAGCUUUAGACAGAGAAAAACAGUCUGUGAUUCGUCUCACAUUGACUGCUAUUGAUGGAGGAACUCCUGCGAAAUCUGGUAGUAUGGACAUUAUAGUAAAUGUUUUGGACACCAAUGAUAACGCUCCUGUUUUUAGUCAAACGCUGUACAAAACACGUGUUUAUGAGAACGUAAAGAUAGGCACGUCGAUAAUAACAUUAAAUGCCACUGAUUUAGAUGCAGGCCCGAAUGGACGAGUGUUUUAUUCAUUUAGUGAAGUAGGCCGAGGAAAACAAAUUGAUCUGUUUGCGAUAGAUGAAAAUACUGGUACUGUAACAACUAAAAAGAAUCUCGACUUUGAAGAGAACAAUGCUUUUGAGAUCAGAGUACAGGCCAGUGAUGGAGCUUCUUCUCCUCUCACUUCAAAUGCUAAAUUAUUGAUUGAAGUUUUGGACGUAAAUGACAAUGCCCCUGAAAUCACAGUUACAUCAUUGUUAAACACAGUAAGAGAAGACGCCUCCAUUGGCACCGCCAUUGCACUUGUUUCAGUGUUUGACAAAGACGGAGGAAAAAAUGGGAUGGUAAACUGUAAAAUCUCCAAUGAUGUCCGAUUUAAGUUGGAGUCAAAUUAUAAGAAUUACUAUUCUCUGGUGGUGGACGGUCCUCUUGACAGAGAGAGAACAUCUCAAUAUAAUAUCAGCAUCACUGCUACAGAUGAGGGCAGCCCACCUCUCUCAAGCACCAGCGUUAUUAAUGUUCACAUCUCAGAUGUGAAUGAUAACAAACCUCUUUUCACAGAAAAUAUUAUCAAUGUCUUUGUGAAAGAAAACAGUCCAGUAGGAGAAGUCAUAAAAACAGUUACAGCAACUGAUGCUGACAUCAGUCAAAAUGGUCAGGUGAGCUAUUCAUUGUUCCAUAACAACAGUAACUCACUGCCGCUUUCGACAAUGAUUAACAUCAACUCAGAGACUGGAGAUAUAGUCAGUCUGCAGUCGUUUAACUAUGAGGAGUUAAAAACGUUUCAGUUUAAAGUUCAGGCCACAGACUCUGGUGUUCCUCCACUCAGCAGCAACGUGACUGUGAAUGUUUUGAUCCUGGAUGAAAAUGACAAUAAUCCAACUAUUCUCGCGCCCUAUUCUGAGCACGGCUCCGUCAACAGUGAGAGCAUCCCCUAUUCUGCUGAAGCGGGAUACUUUGUGGCAAAGAUCAGGGCUGUAGACGCAGACUCUGGAUACAACGCGCUGCUCUCUUAUCACCUCUCUGAGCCCAAAGGAAACAAUCUCUUCCGGAUCGGAACCAGCACCGGAGAGAUCAGGACUAAGAGGAGAAUGAGUGACAAUGACCUGAAAACUCACCCCUUGGUGGUGCUGGUCUCUGAUAAUGGAGAACCCUCCCUGUCAGCUACUGUGUCUAUUGAUGUGGUGGUGGUUGAAAGCGCAGCUGACAUCCACACUCAGUUCAGACAUGUGACCAUAAAGGAGGAGAGCUUCUCUGAUUUAAACCUGUAUCUGCUCAUCGCCAUAGUGUCGGUGUCAGCCAUCUUCCUGCUCAGCCUCAUCACUUUAAUAGCUGUCAAAUGUCACAGGACAGACGGCAGUUUCAGCAGGUACGGAGCUCCAAUGAUCACCACCCACCCUGACGGGAGCUGGUCUUACUCCAAAGCUACUCAGCAGUAUGACGUGUGUUUCAGCUCAGACACACUCAAGAGUGACGUAGUGGUUUUCCCCGCACAGUUUCCACCUGCAGAUGCUGAACUCAUCAGUAUUAAUGGGGGAGACACGUUUACCAGAACUCAGACUUUACCCAACAAAGAAAUGGUAAGAAUAAAUCAACCUCUUUACUCUUGA